CCCGAGGCCACAACCACGAACUGCCCCACCACCUUCCCCCGACCCCCGAUGCAAUCACCGGCGAUCUUGCCCCGGAUCCCCCGCCGUCGGUGCCCCACCCCAGAUCCACUCGCCAAUGGGAGCCCCGUCGUGGAACGCCCUAGGACGCUGGUGCCGCGCCUCGCCCCCGCCUCUCCUUCCCCGCCCCGGACCUUCCCGUCGCCGGUGCCUCGCCCUACCUCUCCAUCCCGUACCCCCCGUCGAUGGUGCCCCGCUCGCUGUCGCCCCUGCCAACCACACGAGCCGCCGCCGUUCCCAGCGAACCCCAGGUGUCGCCGUUCCCGCCAACCACGCGAGUCGCCGCCCUCGCAACCCCAGGUGCCGCUACCGCCGCGCCGCCGCUGCCUGCCUCCUCCCACGAUGCCGCUGCCGGCCCCUGCCACCACGUGCCACCGCGGCCCCCGUCCAGCGCCGCAGCCCCACCACCGGUUAUCCCCACAUCUCCUCUGCCAACUCUGGUGGCAUUCAAAUGUUCAAUUCGGCGCCAUGCGGGAUGUUGCAGAGCUGCUGUGGUGACCAUGGUUAGGUGAGGCCGAGGCGUCGGAGUCUGGCGGCGCUGCUACAUGCUCUUUCUUGCUGAGGUCGAGUAGCUGGAGUGCCGUGCAUGGUGUACAUGCUCGUCACCCUCGUAGAGUCCAGCGCUGCUCUUUGCUUCAUCUUGUUGUUGUUUGUCUAACCGUGAGCGAGAGCAUGUAUUUUCUCUUCCUGUACACUUACUACUCUAGAUAAUUUGAUCCCGUCAGUAGGUUGGUGUUCUACUAAUAAUGCAGCG